CUUCAUUCAUAUCAUCAGUCCUCUGAUCUAGAUCUCUCAGUCUCUCACUUCUCUCUUCAUUCAUAUCAGUCCUCAGCAGUCCAUAGAAAUGGAUCCAGCUAAAUAUUGUUAAGCUUCUUCUUCUUCCUGUUGAUCGGCUUAGCAUCAUCAUCUUGCACGGAAGGUCCUUCCCCGGAUGUUCCAAUAACGUAUCUUUCAACUUCCAAAGGUGCAGUAUGCUUGGACGGAAGUCCAGCAGCCUACUAUCAUGACAAGGGGGAAGGAGAGGGGAUCUAUAGCUGGGUUAUUUACCUAGAGGGUGGAGGAUGGUGCGCAACACCAGAAACAUGCCUACAGAAUUCUGAAAAACCCAUUGGUACUUCAAAGAAAUUAAAAAAUAGUACGCAGUUGACGAAUAUAUUGAGCAAAAAUGCAAAAGAAAAUCCAGACUACGUAUUUAAGUUACCGUGGAGGCAGAAUUUUCAAUGGGAUUAUGGAUGACUUACUCGCCAAGGGAAUGGCAAAUGCUACAAAUGCAAUUCUUUCUGAAGGAUCUGCCGGGGGAUUAGCCGUCAUCUUGCAUUGUGAUCGUUUCACAUCGCGUUUGUCACCAUCGGCUAGAGUCAAAUGCCUUUCAGACUCUGCAUACUUUUUGCAUGAUGAAUACUUGAUGGGAGAUAAAUUAUUUGAUAUUACAUUUGAAGGAUUAAUUGAAUUACAGGGGUCUGCCCCAAUGCUGCCAUCUUCAUGUUUAGAAAAACAGAUCAAACCAAGCUUGUGUUUUUUCCCGCAAUAUAUAUUGCAAGGGAUAAUGACACCACUAUUUCUAAUUAUGUCUUCUUUUGAUCGAGUUCAGCAACUUUGUGAACUCAAAAUUAUGGUGAUGGAUUGAAGAUUGUGCACUGCA